UUUAACGGAAAAGAUAUUUAUAUACCCAUUGUCCGUACCUUUUUCACCAGGCUCGUCUGCUGAUUUUUCUUCUCUGAAAUGGAAUCCUAAAUUUUGAAUUAUCACCAGCAAUAUGUAUAUUCAAACGCUCCUUCUUCCAAUUCCCACCCACACUUCCCACAAUCCAUUAGUUAACUGCACACACAGUCUAACCAUAUCCCCGAAAUCAAGAUUGGGGCUCUGCAUUUCUAAGAAAAGGGUGUCCAAAACGAAAAUCAGUUGGGGAAACUUGGGUGUGAUCAGGUGCGGCGAGAUGCAAGCAUAUGAAUUUGACGAUGGGUAUUACAUGAGGCGUUGCGUUGAGCUGGCGAGGAAGGCGAUUGGCUGCACCAGUCCUAAUCCAAUGGUUGGUUGUGUGAUUGUCAAGGAUGGCAAGAUUGUUGGAGAAGGUUUCCACCCGAAAGCUGGUCAACCUCAUGCUGAGGUUUUUGCGUUGAGAGAUGCGGGCGAUUUGGCUGAAAAUGGAACAGCAUAUGUGAGUUUAGAACCUUGUAAUCAUUAUGGAAGAACUCCACCUUGCUCCGAAGCAUUGAUCAAAGCUCGUGUGAAAAAUGUGGUGGUCGGCAUGGUGGAUCCUAAUCCCAUUGUGGCUUCAACAGGGGUGAAAAAACUGCAAGAUGCGGGAAUUGAAGUGACUGUUGGAGUCGAGGAGGAACUCUGCAAAAGGCUCAAUGAGGCCUAUAUCCAUUAUAUGCUUACAAGAAAACCAUAUGUUACACUGAGGUAUUCCAUGUCACUUGAUGGGCAUUUGCUAGAUCAGCUCGGUGAAGAAGCUGAGGAGUGUGGUGGAUACUAUUCAAAACUGCUGCAAGAAUACGAUGCUAUCAUAGUUUCUUCUUCUGUAUUGGUUGAGAAGUCAUCUCUUCCCAUUUCCAAAGAACCCGGAGCCAAUCAGCCUCUUAAAAUCGUUUUGUCAAAAUGUUGGAAUCCCCUGAUUAAGAUUCCUUCUCUCAAAGAUGAUGCAGCUUCCAAACUGUUGAUAGUCACUGAGAAAGACAGUGCUGUGCAAGAAGGAAUCCAAACACUAUCAUUUGAAAAGAUAAGUAUACUUGAAAUUCUUGAACACUGCAAGAAUCAAGGACUAUGCAGUGUCUUGUUGGAUUUGACGGGUAACACUCUGGAUUUUGAGGAUACACUGAAAGAGGGAUUUGAGCAGAACUUGUUCCAGAAGGUGGUUGUGGAGGUGCUGCCAAUUUUGGGAGGCGAUCGCGAGAGAUAUCUGAGUAAUGUGGACCUAAAAGGAAAGGUGAAGAAAUUGAUAUCAUCUCUGUAUGGUAAAAGUGUUCUACUGGAAGGAUAUUUCUGAUCAUAUUCUCCUCUUUGUGCUGAUAAUCUUGUUCAAGACGACGUUUUGGUGUUGUGACAAUGAUGUAAGUGGAGGCUGCUACCUACAAGUCUGAUUCCUCCACGCAUCUGUUGCUGCCAGUCUGCCACCGGUAAAACUCAUGGCUCCGAGCUUGUCAUUGAUGACUUCAUUGUUAACUGUUUCAUCUCAGAUUGUAGAUUAUCAUGCUGCAUUGUUGUAAGCAGUGUGGGAGCCUUGAAAUAAACUAUAGUGAUCAAAUCGUGGUUCUUCUUUAUGUUGUUGUACCUUGGCUUUUGUUUUAUGCCCCUUCUUUAUGUUACUUAUAAAUUCUUAUG